AUGAUUGAAAUUCAAAACGAAUUAAAUUUGUUAAAACUUUUGUAUGGAUUUAAAUGGGUAAUGGAAAAUUCUCAUGAGGCAAAUGAUCCACCUUUCGUCAUUCUCUUCACGAUUUUGGCGACAACAAAAAAAGUAUUCGAAGGCUUCUCGUACAUGACUGCGAGAACAAAAUUUAUGAGACACAUGGAGAAAUAUUCGAGAAUUUGUUUCAACCAUUAA